AUGAAUCCAACAACUCCGGAAGCUACGGUCCUAGAUGCGCUUCGUCAAAUACAGCGCACACAAACACAGCUACUCACGGCUGUUGAAUCCCUCUCUGAGAGAGUAGGCGCCGAGGAAUCCGAUCCGGAUGGCUCUUCCAAUACGAAAAAAGGCUCCGAAGUGCACGGUGGAGGGGAAGCAACAUGCUCUGAUGCUGUAACAGCACCCACUCUUCCUGUCUUGAGUCCCCGAUCCGCAUUCACGUCCCGUAUUGUUCUCACUAAGAAUCCUCCUCCAGUGACUGGUCCUGAUAUGCUACGGACAAAGCACUCAUUUGUACCCAGCGGAGGGUCCUAUUCCAUAUAUUACGCACUAGCUGUGGCCAGCAAAGAGCUUGAUAGAGACCACAGACCCGACUUCACAAAUACUGAACCAGCCACUCGUAUCGGCCCCUUCCUGCAGUGGGGAGAUCCCCAUAAGAUUGUGGCCAUGGACCCCUGGGGACACCUUACGCCAUGGACAUUCAAGAAUAUUAUGGAUGAGGAGCACGUUGAUCUACGGCCAACAAUUGCAAUUACAAAAGCGCACAUGAAACUGCCUGAGUUAGAGGAGAGCGUAAAAUCCGGGAGGCUCGUGCCUGAUGGCAAGGUGUGCCUUAACAAGUUAGGCGAGCUUGCUGUGACAAAGUUUGCUGUUGAACCUGUCUGGUAUCUUCCAGGCGUUGCGGAAAGGUUUGGAAUUGAUGAGGCUACCCUUCGUCGGUCACUCUUCGAACAUACGGGCGGCAGCUAUCCUGAGUUGAUUACUCGUGGUGACAUCAAAGUUUUCCUUCCCCCUAUUGGUGGGCUAACAGUUUAUUGUUUCGGAGACCCAGAGAAGAUGUCGGACAAGAAUGUUCGGCUGUCUCUUCGCAUCCAUGACGAGGUGGGACGAAUACAGCUAAUCAAGAUCUCGUGUGUUACUGACAUCGGUACAUUAACUGGUUUACAAGUGGUUUACAACGCUCGGAAGCGGGGUGAGGAUCGAGCUUCGGACUAUUUUUUGAGGACAGAAAACAUUGCCGGUGUCAAAGAUAUGCGCUUUCAGGCUCUCAUGCCCGACAUUUUGCACUGGCUUGGCAUUCAGAAGAUCGACAGAAUGCUCAGUAUGAGCAACAUGAAGCAUGAUGCAAUUGUCGGUCAGGGCAUCCCAAUCCUAGAAAGAGUCGAGCUGCCAGAAGAGUUGAUCCCCGCCGAUUCCAGGGUUGAAAUCGACGCAAAAAUCACCGCUGGCUAUUUUACUGCUGGUAAACGCCUCACGGCCGAGGAACUUCAAUCAGUUCAGGGGAGGAUGUGGGAAGAUAUCGAUCACUGA